AUGGGCUGCUGCCAAGACAAGGACUUUCAGAUUUCGGAUGAGCAGGCCAAGGAGGCCGGGUCAGAAGGCACUGAUGCGGACUCGGUGGAGCAACGGGAUCGCAGGUCGAACGAAAGUCUUCUGAUCACUGUGCUGUGGCGGCGGCUAUCCAUGUUCAGCCGUCGGGGUUCCUCUCGGUCAACCAAGAGGCAGGCAGUCCAGAAUCUAAAGCAGGCGAGUAGGAUCCAGGAGCGCGAGCAGGAGAUGAUCCAGGAGGAGCCGGAGAAGGGGUGACUCCAGCCCUGUUCUCACUCCUCCCCAGCCUUCAGAGAAUAAAGUUUCU